GUUGCUGAGGAAAUUCUCAAGAAAAGUUAAAAGACCGUUAGAAAGUCUUUAGAGGCGAUAUAGAAUUAGUUUUGGAUAAAAGUUGCGGCUCAAAAGUGUUUUUCCUGAAAGAAAAUUCAAUAUGGCAUCCGUUCUGGAGCAAAGCCGAGAUACGCCCAAGUCCUUGUGCGAUUGGGUUCGUAAUUUCCGUAUUAAGAAAGUCGCCAUGAGGCGUAAACGUGGCGGUGAUCUGCGCGUGGCCGCCAUCUUGACUACGGCCUUGAGCCGGGCAGAGGCUGAAUUGCGUCGUAAGCAAAAUGAACGGGCCUUGCGCUGGUCCGAGUUGCAAUCGAAAUUAUUGUGCAAAGAUGGCAAUCGGAUCGCGAAUCAACUAACUACGCCCACGUACGAUAGUGAGUGCGGUGCGUCACUGUAUAGUGACGACGAUGAUAUGGAGAAGCAACGCAGGCAAAUCGAGAGCUACUGGAAGUGCGAGCUCAGUGGAUUAGACGAUUUUUUCAAUAGUUUAAGUGGUAGCAAUAAGCGCAGCGACGAUGACCUGAGUUGAGGCGUAUCCGCGGAGUAGCUAGAGUAGGGACUGUCCCGAAGCAACGGUACUUGAGCGAGAGUACCGCAUAGUUAGAAUUAGGGCCCCGUUUGAGGCGUUGUAGUCUUAACAAUUUAAUAACUUUUAAAUACCCGCUCUGUGAUAUUGUUAUAUUAUGAGAGUUUUUCAU